AAGUUAAAAAACACCACGCAUGCAUGUCACAUCACUAAUGUUGUCAUUUUGUAACGGUCGCGCCGAUUUGAAAUGUGAGCUCGCUUUGUCCGAACAGUUUCGGUUACAAAUUUUACAAAAUGUGGGAAUUAACAAUAACUCAGUGAAAUUACAACAAAAUGACGGAUAAACUAAAAGAUUACCAAGUGCUGGACGUGCUGUGCGGCGGGACGUUCUACAAAGUGCGUCACAAGGUCACCAACGAGAUAUUUGCGUGGCGCGCGUACGAUUGCUCCUCAUACUCAGACGAGCAAGUGAAGAGCGUGGCUCGAGAUGUGGAGACGCUGAGCAAGCUGUACGUGGACGGGCUGCUGCGGCCGCGCGCCACCAUCCAGCACGCGCCGUCGCGCACGCUGUACGUGGUGCUGGAGCACUGCGGCUGGCGCAGGGCGGGCGGGCUGGCGGCGGGCGGGCGGCGGCCGGCCGAGGGCUUCCUGUGGUACCUGCUGCACGAGCUGGCGCGCCUGUGCCGCGAGCUGCAGGCCGCGCCGCUGCACGCGCUGCGGGCCAGCUUCAGUGCUGAAUCCAUCUACGUGGACGAGAGCGGCGAGCUGCGCGUGGACUGCGUGGAGCUGCCGCGCGGCGCCGCGCCCGACCCGCUGCGGCAGAUCGGCGCCGUGGUGCGCGGCCUGUGCGCCCCGCCCGAGCUGUACAGCGAGGACCUGCGCGACGUGCUGGCCUUCCUCACGGACGAGAAGAACAAGAACAUGCGCCCCGACGUCGUGCUCUACCACCCCACCGUGCUCGCCAACCUCGAGACUCUCGCCGGACCCAAGAACUUGAGUGACAUUCUCAUACCAAUAGAAACUUUAAAGUCAUCGGACAUCAACAAGUGUGACUCUCAGAAGGCAGUGGAGCGGUCCCGCGCCGUGGAGCCCGCUCCCAGGUACAGCAUUGAUGUGUUGGACAGCCCCAUUUACUGUAAUAUUACUCCUAAAAAGGCUAUCAGACCUAGUAAUGAUGAUACAAUAUCUGUGAGAGAAUCAAUGUCACCUACUAUAGCUGCUUUAGCUCUGGAGCUGCCGGGCUUUGUGCCGCGGAGCCGGCAGCCCAUAUCACAGGCUCUGGAGACCUACAACAACCCCCAGAGGGUGUCAGAGAAGACUCUGAGCCAGCAGUGGAUGUCACGCCUCAUCAACCUGCGCCAGCGGGAGGAGUCUCUCAACAAGAGGGAGAGGGAGCUCAUAGCCAAGGAGAUAGUGAGCAGUCCGGCCGCCAAGGUGGUCCCGCUGGAGGAGUCCCUGGACGAGGCGCGCUGCGACAGCAACGGCAUCACCCUGCCGCCCAUGAUGAACCAGAUGAAGGCCGAGCGCAGGAACAGCUGGGCCUCGCGCCGCCGCCGCGCGCGCUCCAGCUCUGUGCGCAGGGGAAGGAACAGGAAGAGUCUGAACUUCGACGACCUGGACAGCUCCCUGUCGGCCGACCAGGGCGACAGCAUCGUCGUCACGGCCACCAAGUUCACCGCCGACAACCUGCCGCGCCGCGCCAUCUUCCCUGAAGUGUGCACUAAGAAGGUGCACUUCACCGCCGCCAACCCCUUCGUGGAGAGUGACGAGAGCGUCACGCUCACAUUCUACGAGCUGGAGAAUGUGGACGGCGACGGCUACCAGGUGCCCAGGAACGAGGAGAAGGCGCUCGGAGACAUCACCAAGUUCAAGUACUUGGAUCUGGAGAAGGUGACGACAGAGAAGCGGGCGGCCAUGCAGCAGUGGAGCCACUCGUCUCCGUCCAAGCAGGCCAAGAUCACCAAGCAAAUAUUUGCCGACAUCACCAACACAAACUUCAAGAGAACUCCGUCCAAGUCCAGUCUGAUGUCUAAAGCUUCCAACACAUCGAAUGGGACGCAGUUGUCAUCGGCCUCGUCUAAGAGUGGCUGGAGCGUGGAGUGCGGCGGCGGCGGUGGGGCGGGGACGCGGGGGGCGGGCGGCGCGCGGGGGGCGGUGUCGGACCGCACGCGCGCCUCCGUGCGUCAGAGCCUGGCGCUGCUCACGCCGGCCCCCGACGUCAAGAAGCCUAAAAGCAGGAUGUCUCUGCUGCCAUUCAAAACUCCUUUCAAAUUCUUGUCUUCAAAGUAAAAAUAUUGAGAAAAAUCAUAUAGGUAUCAUGAAUUAAUUGAUACAAAUUAGAUGCUACAGAAAUAAUUAUUUUAGAUUAACAAUUUUAUUCCUUUUUCUGCUAACUUAUAGUUUUUAUAUGAAUUUUCUUUUAUACAUACAUAUUAAUGUGAAGUAAUCAAUAUUUUUGUGAUCUCUUCUUUAUCGAAAAGAAUAUUAUGAUAGUCCUAUCAAUAUGUUCCCAUGAUUUGUAAACUUUAUUAUUCUUCUAAAUAAGAACUGGUUGUGGUAUUUAGUGAAUAAGAAAUAUUUUCUAGAAAUUGAAUGAAAAGUUUGAAAUGUAAUAUUCGAUAUUAGUACAUAAAUAAUUAUAUAAAACGGACAUAACCCACCCUAACAAUUAGUAUAGUAAAGAUAUCAGAAGAUAAACCAAUUUAUUACCUGGUAUGAAUUUAUUUUAUGUAAAGCAAUGUGAAUUAAAUGCAAAUAUUUGUAAAAAUUGUAACCUCAUGUCUCAUAAAAAUGUGAUGGCAAAUUAUUGGAGAUUGCUGUAAAAAAUCUCUUUAGUCCUAUUGUCUUCCAUUUCCUAAAAGUAUGACAUGAUUUUAAUAGAAUACUUAGAUAUAGUUUAUUUUAUAAGUUCAAUUGAGUUGCCAUAAAAGUAGGUUUGAUGAAUAUAUUUUUACAGAAGGUAUUUUAAGAAUAAAAUGCAAAUGAAAUUAAAAUGUCUAGUUUAGAAAAUGAAUUGUAUUCAUUAAAUUAUUAUUAACAAUGUAACACAGGUGUUUGAACGAAUCAAUAAAAUGUUUCAAUAUGAA